UCCUCUUUUUUUAUACGAGGAACACUCCACUCUUUCUCCUCUCUCAGCAUAUUCUCUCUCCUCUCUCUAUGUACAAUGCCAUGCCCUUCCACUAUUUUCUCUCUCCUCCCUCCAUUCCACUCUUCUCUCUCACUAAACCCUUCAUCUUGUCCACUCACUCCUCUCUCUCUCUCUACCCCUUUCUCUCUCUACAUCCUGCAAAAACUACAAGCAUGCAAGCUAGAGAGAGAAUCAGUGUAACUAACUUUCCCAGUCUCUUCUUUUUUGGGUUUUGCUGGUUAGCUACAGUGGCUUUGUGAUUUAGGGUUUUCUUUUUUCCUUUUCUGUGUAAUGAUUGUGUGGCAAUGGUGCGAGGAGGUUUAAUGAUAGCGAUGCCCUCCUCCUCCUUUUAGAGAGAGAGAAAGCUCUGUUUUUUUCCUUUGUCAACCAUUUCACAAUGAGGAAACAUGGGUGGCAGCUUCCAUACCAUCCUCUUCAGGUGGUCGCUGUAGCUGUGUUUAUUGCUCUUGCAUUUGCGUUUUAUGUGUUCUUUGUGCCUUUUGUUGGGAAGAAAGUGUUUCAGUUUGUUGUAAUCGGUGUCUACACACCUCUGGUUGCAUCGGUAUUUGCCCUUUACAUAUGGUGUGCUGCAACUGAUCCUGGAGACCCUGGAGUUUUCAAGUCCAAGAAGUAUCAACACAUUUCUAAUGAUAAAAAGCAUUCCCAUCUUAAGGGAUCUGAAUCUGUUGGUGCAACUACUUCUCCACUAAAUGAUGUGAGUGUUGCCUCAGUUGGAGAGAAAGGACUUGCUGAGGGAAUGGAUGUGGCUCCAAUGGAAGGAGAAUCAGCUGGAAAAGUUGAACCGAAGAGAAUAUGCACCAUUAUUCCCAUGAUUUUGGUAGGUUGCUGCCCUUUUGCUUGCUUGCAAAACCUUCUUGGUUCUCAUGACCAAUCUUCAGAGGCACAAACAAGUGAGGAUGGGAUGUUUUACUGCAGCUUAUGUGAAGUAGAGGUCUACAAGUACAGCAAGCACUGUCGUGUUUGUGACAAAUGUGUGGAUGGCUUUGAUCAUCACUGUCGGUGGCUCAACAACUGCAUUGGAAGGAAAAACUACAAGCGCUUCUUUACCCUCAUGGUUUCUGCUCUUCUUUUGCUUAUUCUACAGUGGUCGAUUGGGAUCCUCGUGCUGAUUUGCUGUUUUCUCGAGCGGAAACGAUUCUUGGUGGAGAUCAUAUCAAAGUUGGGGAGCAGUUUCUCUUUGGUUCCCUUUGUUGUAGUAGUGGCUUCUUGCACUCUCCUGGCUAUGAUUGCGACUUUACCACUUGUACAGCUUUUUUUCUUCCACGUUCUUCUCAUUAAAAAGGGCAUCAGUACAUAUGAUUACAUUGUAGCACUGAGGGAGCAAGAGCAACAAUGCGUUGAACCAGGACAGAGUCCUCAGAUGUCUCCAGCUGCCAGCUCUCUUACCGGAAUGAGCAGCGCUAGCUCAUUUGGCAAUUUUCACAGUGGCGCUUGGUGCACUCCUCCACGCUUAUUCGUUGAAGAUCAGUUUGAUGUGAUUCCUUCCGAUGCUGGAUUACCCAUGACCUCUUCCCGCAAAAAGGGGAUGAUGGUAACUGAAGAACCGUUCACCAAGAAACGUAAUCCGGCUCCCGUAAAGAUCAGCCCUUGGACUCUUGCCCGCCUUGACGCAGAGCAAGUCUCAAAAGCAGCUGCCCAAGCAAGGAAGAGGUCAAAAAUACUCCAACCGGUGGCCAGACGUGAUGCCCUAGAGACCGACAGCAGUUUGGGCAGCAGCAGUGGCCGGAUGGCUUUUCGUGUAGACAACAACAACAAGAAACGCCCCAACAAGAAGGCCAACAGCAGGCUGCCUCUGGACCACCAGUUGGUCAUGAAAGCCCCUUCUAAAAGUGAUUAUAGUGGCCACAGCAAUGAUGGAGAGACAUCGAACAGCUUGGCGCCUCUACAAAUGGAAGCAAGAAGCGCAUUUCGAACAAGUCGUGCCAUGUCUUCAGCUGCUACUGGUGCUGUGGUGGCUUCAUCGCCGGAAAGCAGCCUGGAUUCACCUGAUCUCCAUCCUUUUAGGGUUUCGUCUUCUGGUGCUGAUGAUACGACACAGGGUGGUCUUUCAGGUGCUGCUGCUGCUGCUUCUCAGGGGGGUAGCAUAAGAUUUUCAAGGUCGACAAGUGAUGGCUAUGAAGCCUCUGGGGGUGAAGAUAGCGACCGGGUUGUGCCCCCCAGAGUGCACCAAAGAUCUUCAAACUGGAGCAGCUUACUCUUUGGUUCUUCCUCUGUUGGCUAUGGAGACGGGAGCAUGAUGGAUGCCGCAUUGCAGAUGCAGAAGCAUAACAGGGUCGGUCGUUCUAGGCCGACAUCUUCAUCGGGUUUAGGAAAUGGUACAAAGGGUUUGGAUGAGCAGUUGUAGCUCUGUUGAUGAACUAUUCGAUUUUUUUGUGGCUCUCUCAUUCUCACUUGCUCUCUCCUUUUCGAUUUGGGAGGAUGCUUUGGGGUUUGUUAAUUCCUUGAGCCAUGCGUGGGGAGAGGGUUUUCCCAUUUUAGGGAAUUGGAGAGCUCUUUCUGUUGUGGAUUCUCUUUCGACUUCCCUGUGGUGAUGGAAAGGAAGAAUGGUGUGGCUUUUGAAUGAGUGCGGAGAGGGAAUUUGAAAUGGAAUGAUCACCCCUUGUACUUGUUCAUUGUCACUUUAUUGGUAUGGGGUUUGAUUUUCACCACUAUGGUUGGUUCCUUAACUUACCAUCUUCCUUUUCUGGCCUUGUAUUUACUUGGUUGCUGAUUAUCUAUGAAGCAGUCUAAAUUUCUGUUGUUGUAGA